AUGGCUCUGAUCAAAAUGGAGACCGUGACGGCCAAGACAAACGGCUUACCUGUUGGCCUUGGCGAUAUGGAGGACGCCUCCCUAUUAGAACAUAUAACCAGUCGGUCGGUCAAAUUGUAUGCGGAUCAUCCAAAAGGACUUCAGGCGCCAGGUAAGAGGAAUG